AUUUCAGUUUUUUCUUGCCCAUCAAACUUACUCAACCUCACCCUCUCAUAUAUUUAUAUAUAUAUAUAUAUAUAUAAAUCGUAGCCCAACAGAGAAGCACACAGUCCAGAAGAAAAACACCGUACACGAAACCUAAAAAGCUACAGUGAUUCUGCUGCUGUUUCGAGAAGUGUUGUAAGAUAAUGUCUGGGAGAGGAGGAUACAGUAAAGAGCCAGUGAAGGUUGUGAUAAUCAGUACACAAUACGUUCAAACUGAUGCUGGGAACUUCAAGUCAGUGGUUCAGAAGCUUACAGGGAAGGAUUCUCAUGAUCAUGAUGAUCAGGUGGAAGAAGAGCCUGCUUCUUCUUCUGCUUCUCGAAAAGCAAUAAAUUCAUCAGAGGCCAAAGCUGAGAGUCAUCAUCAUGAGGUUUCUGGGAGCGUUUUUAUUAGAGACGUCUCGUUUAAGGAGUUUGAUAGAAUGCUGAGAGAGAUGCCACCAAUUCAUGAGAUCUGGGAAAAUCCUAAGAUUUUUGGCAGCUUCGGAAGGAAUAAUAAGCACAUCAAGAGCUACCAUCCUUUUGUAUAUAGGGGAAAAAGGUAUGCUAUGUUCUAUUGAAAUUAAAACUUGACAAUUUGAUUAUUGAUAUAUAUCAAUAUUGUAUAAAAGAGUACAUAAAUGAGAAGAUACUGCGCAUAACACAAAAUUAGAAAAGAAAAUACUAGGAUGGAGUUUUAUAGUUAACUCAAAGGACACAAAAAGUUUCCAUUACAUACAAUAUAUAGCAUGAUGGUGUAUGAAAAACCAAAGCAAUGGUGAAGCCGAAGGGAUUUGGCAGGAGCCACGAAUCUCUAAAAAUUAUUUUUUAAUCUCGACCUUCCUGGUACUUAAAUUCCAGCUAUAUAGUUCCACUCCUAAAUAGAAGAAUAUAUGAUAUGACUAGAUUUAGGUAACGAGACCCUGAAAUUUCAAGAUUAUUCAUGAAUUGCAAAUAGUACGUACAACUUUCUUGUAAGAGUGGUAAUAAAAGAAAGGGGGAAGGCUAACAAGGGUGGAAGCGGAGACAAAUUGAUUUAUUGUCAGCAGCACAGAGGCCACCAGUAAUUAAACCUUCUUUAGGUUUUGGGAACAUUUGUCUGCAGGAGAUAUCGCAGUUAGCGUUAUUACAAUUUGGCAUGUUGUGUUCCGUCCCACAAAGCCUUGCAUACGCCUUUGCUUCCUUACUACCUCUACCCACUAAUAUUUUCUUUCUUUCAGACCUCGACACCAUGCAUUAUAUAUAUAUAUGUAUGUAUGUAUAUAUCUAUUUGCAGAAGAAAAUGUGUGUGUGUGUGUGUGUGUAUGCAUAUAUAUAUAUAUAUAUAUAUAUCAUCAUCAUCAUCAUCAUCAAGUUUUAAGACAAUCGACGACUUACCGGAGAUGAG